UGCUUAUUAAAUAGCAAAAUAACACGCAGCGGAAAUCCACUGUAGAACUGACGACUGUUGUUUGGUUUGCUGACAAAUUAAACCAUGAAAGGAGAGAUGAUUCUUACCGGGGAGGAAAAUGACAAGGCGCAUUCAUCUUUGUGGACACGGUCUCCAGGUUUCGGAACCCGAAUUGUGGACAAAACCGACAUCAAAACCUCACUGACGUCCCCCAUGGCCAGAUAGCGAGUACCGACUUACAGUGAGACACUCGCUUGUGUGUAAAUGUGGACACCCCCGGGCAACCUUAAUUCCCGAAAAGAGUGCCUAGCCUAGCCCGUCUAAAGUGACUGUGUUUGGUUGAAUGAACCAUGAGACGCUGCUGCCGUGUGUUGUGGGAAGGCCCUGAACGUAGCAGCUACUACCGUAACUAUUCUAUUAAAAUCGCAACUUAAUCUUAAAAUUAGUUUAAUGGAUGAGGGUGAAAUUUGCCAAAUAAUUUUAACAACCUUUUUCUCAUCGUUUUGGUUGUAAUGACAAAAAAUGUCCAAUUUUUCACGAGUUAUAAUAAACUAAUGCAACCCUUUAUAAGUUUUUAGAAAUGGGUGGAUCAAUCCAUAUAUCAAUACCAGGAAAGUAUCAGUAUUGGAUCGAUACUAGCAUACUGAGCUCAAUGUUGCUGACAAUCAUUGACCCAUAGUAGGUUCUGAUAAAAAAUGUAAGGUGGGUGUUUACUCUCUCAUUGUGUAAAAUCAAAUGUUUUAAGCGGUCACUCCAUUCAGCGAUAAUUACGGUAAUAGCUGUUGCAACAUAAACACAGCGUCCUCUUUCGUUCACUUGCUGGUACUGCAAAUCAGGAUCAACAUGGGCGUAAAUAAAUACGCAUUAGUACAUUUCUUAUGGAUGAUUUUUUUAAGGUCGUGGUUUUGUUUUUGUUUUUUUUAUGACGAAAGAGGAAGUUAGUUCCCCAAGUCCCUCCUCCUUCCCUCCAAACUUCCACAGCCUUGACGCUGUCUCUCCUCUCCUCGGACCAUGGCGCUUCCCUCCGACUUGGUCGCUGUCUACGUGGCGUCUCAGGUCGUGUGCCUCCUUGUGCUAUUUCACGGAACCUCUGCAAACUCGGACGUUUCGUCGUCGCUGCUGCAGCCUUAUGACUUUUUGUACUACAAAGGCGUACGCGCGUACUUUGGUGGAGAGUGGGCCAAGGCUGCAGAGCUCCUGGAGCGCUCCAUUGCCACCAAGGAGGCUCUGUUCAAGCACCGAAGGCUGUGUUAUGAUGAAUGCUUGGCUGCGGGGCGAGAUGCUCUACAAAAACUGGACACCGAAGAAGGGAGCCUGUGGGACCUUUGGGUCUUGGACUGGAUGCAGAAGAAGGCGGAGUGUUUGAGGUUCUGUAUGGGACGUUCUGUCACCCAUGUGGGACAACUUCCUGUUUCUACAGAUAUUGAGUAUGAGUUCAGCUCCAGGAACCCUUACAACUUCCUGCAGGUUACAUAUUACAAGAUGGAAAAGCUGCAGAAGGCGGCGUCAGCGGCUCAGACUUACUUCACGGCCAACCCCGGUCACCUGGAGAUGAGGAACAACAUUGAGAAGUACAGAAGGAUGGAGGGAGUGACCAAUGAAGCCUUUCAGGACAGAGAGACAGCGAAUGAAAAGCACUGGACGCUGUAUGAUUCCGCACUCCAGCAUGAGGCGUUGUCCGAGUGGGCGCAGGCGGCGGAUACAUGGCGAGCGUGCGUGAACGAAACACUGCGUCAGACAGAAGAGUGCAGGGUGCAAUGCGUGGUGGCCUGUCAGCGCCUGCCCGAGGACAGGGGAGAAGAAAGCGUGGAUGGCGUGUUUGAGAAAGCCGCAGCGCUUUCCUUGUCGCUGCUGUCUUGUCAACAGUCGUGUGUGACUCAGGUGGCCACACGUCCCGGGAGGAUCUCCUCUCAAGAGGACUUCCUGCCCACUCAGUUGGAGCAUAUGCACAUUGCACAGUUUAAAGCUGGAGAUGUCAGAGGUGCAGUGCAGACGCUUCGCUCCCUUCUCCUCUUUUACCCUUCUGAUCAGGACUCCUUAGACAACCUGCAGCUCUACGUUGACACACUAGGGGGAGACAAAGAGGCACAAACUGCUCAGGAGAUCGCUCGUUAUGUAAGCCGCUCAUUACAGCAGAAGAAGCUGCUGUAUUUUAGUAUGGAGAAUCUUAAUUUCACCUUCAUUGACCCUGAUCUUUGGACUCCGGAGGAUGUUGUUCCUGAAUCCCUCAGGAAAACUUGGAGAGCAGAGAAAGAGAAAAUUAAUGAAAAAGCGGACGAGCAGCCGGAAGAUGUGGAUGACAGCGGCUUUUUUGCAGGUGGUCCAGUCCCUCAGGUGGGUGUGACCAUCACCAUGGAUGACGUGCUCCUUAACGGCACCAAUCGUGUGGUCCUGGAUGGAGUCAUGACUGAAAAGGAGUGUGACAGGAUGUUAAAGUUAGCAGAAGCUGUGGCGUCUGCAGGAGACGGUUACCGGGGGCGACGGUCGCCACACACACCUCACGAGACACUGAAUGGCCUCACCCUGUUAAGAGCCGCGAAGUUGGUUCAGGACGGCCUGGUCAACCACACUGACGCCAAGUUAUUACACGAGUUGGGUGAGAGAGUGCGAAUCCUUCUCCAUUCCUACUUUCGGAGCCCAUCGGGACUCUUUGUCGCUUUCACACACUUGGUCUGCCGGAGUGCUAUUUCAGGGGACCAGGAAGGCAGACUGGACCUGUCUCAUCCUGUCCAUGUGGACAAUUGUCUCCUUGAGCCAGAUACCAAACAGUGCUGGAAGGAACCACCAGCUUUUAUACACAGAGACCUCAGCGCCAUUCUAUACCUGAAUGAUAACUUUGAUGGCGGCGAGUUGUUCUUCACCAACAGGGAUGCCAAAACGGUGACAGCUAGAGUCAAACCGACAUGCGGUCGACUCGUCGGUUUCUCAUCAGGACCGAUAAAUCCUCACGGUGUUACCGCGGUAACAAAAGGCCGGCGGUGUGCGCUGGCUCUGUGGUUCACCAAGGAGAAGUUAUACAGGGACAUGGAGCGAGAGGAGGUGGAGACAGCCUGGGCCGCCGAUGGACAGGCUGUGACCAAGAAGGAUGAAAAGGAGGAGCUCAAGAAUGCUCGCAAUCAAGCUCCAGCUAAGAUGACCAGCAGAGGGAGAGGACGUGUGACGUCGGGCAAAGAUGAACUGUGAGCGUGUGAAAGUGGAUUUCCUGUCUGCCAGUGAAAGUAAUUUAUAAGUGACUUUAGACUGCAUAAGAGAAACACAAUACAUUUCAUGUGUUGUCAUGACUGGAGUAUUUGUCUUCAAUGCUGUAUUUGAGUAAGAACCGUGUUCGUUUUUAGCGGUUGUUUCACACAAUAUUUUUGCCAUUCGCUAAGGUCAAAGGUCAUCAUUCAGUUCAACUAACUGAUGUUUUUUUUGUUUUGCUUCAUGUCACAAGGAUAUACUUUUAAAUUAUAUGAUGAUGAUUCAAGAUGGCUGCUGUAGCUCAGGUCAACAAUUCAACCGUUUUCCCCAUAGGAAAUAAUGUAAAGUGGAUUUAUCCCUUCCAGUGUCAAACUGGCACAUUCAUAAAAUAUUUAACUGUACAGGCAGUGUAACAUUCUUAUCUGUCAUACAAGUUUAAAAAAAAAAGUUAAUCACUGUGCAAUACAACUAAAAGUAAAAAAAAAAAGAUGCCUAACAUUUUUGUUUUGACGUUUUUUUCAUUCGUUUUCUACCACUUAUCCUCGCGGGGGUUGCUGGAGCCUAUCCCAGCUGUCUUCGGACGAGAGGCGGGGUACACCCUGGACCGGUCGCCAGCCAAUCACAGUGUUUUGACGCUUCAUGUCUUUAAAUGUUUUUCUCUUGUAAGUCAUUGUAUCGCUUCUAUUGUCCAUUUCUGGUUCUAUGUUUAUCAUCACUUUUUGUCUUUUUUCCAUUCUUCUGUGUUUGCAAAAAAAUAUUUAGACACAAAAAAAGGCACAGAAAAAAGCACAAGCACUACAUGGCGUCUUUUUGAAGGGUUAGAGGUUCUACUUCAUUACACAGUGGAUGACUUAUUUCUACUCUUGUAUGACAGUUAGGGACGCUAAUGUUACUUUUUACAUCAUUUAAUAAACGUGACCCUGUUGCAUAAUAUAAUUCUUUUACCUCCCAAACCCUGAUUAGGAGUCCAAAAUAGACAAAUAUGCAUAAUUGGAAUUGAACUAUCAAGUUUUCUUUGAUAUUUGCACGUUUUCAGUUUCUUAAUGCUGCAAUUUUCCAGUUUUUCCUCCAUUUCUAAGUAUUUAUUGCACCUUUCUGUAUCACCUUACUUUAUGGAGGUGUAUCUAAUAUAAUUAAGUGUGUGUAAAAUUGCUUGUGUGUUGUUUGUAUUUAUACUUACUGUGAGCAAAUUUUUUUUUUUGGUCUCCCCUUGUGUCUGUUCCUCUUUUUUUUCCACCUUUCAAAGUACAAGUCUGUCGGAAAGUGCAG